CCACUUUCCUGCCCCACCGAGCUGGCAAGCGCCCCCUCCUCCCCGGCCUUAAUCUGGAAUAAAGUAACGAAGUAAGAAAACAUGCCAACAAAGGAACGAAGACUACGAGAGAAGAGAAACAGAUGCUACCUCAAAAAUAAACAAACGAAAGUGGGGAUAGAGAUGGAGGAGCAGGGAUCCGUGCAACCCGAGAGAUUGGAAUUUAGAGGGAAAAAUUCACAUGCGGUCCGAGCUGGGACGACCAGAGAGUUUCUGAUUGGGGCGGAUUCACAUCGAAUUAAGCAGGAGCCCGAGGAAGGGUUACCGCAGCAGCGCUGGGAUACCCAGUGGAAAGACUUCCUGAUGGCGACGCAGCCCCCUCGUUCAGGAUGGGCAAGUGGACAGCUGCCCGGUCCCCUCCAGUCAGGGGAUGGGAUCAGCCAGCCUCAGACCUCCUUCAAGGGAGCCACCGAUGCCAGCCAGUGGCCUGGAAAAGAGGGGGCGGCCUGGAUCCCACCCAACCUCGGUAAGGACAGCGAAGAGCCGAUUUCCUCUGUAAAAGUCAAGGAAGAAGUUCUGGGGGAAGAAGACGCCGCCAGCUUGGAAACGGACCGGCAGCAAUUCCGGCAGUUCUGCUACGAUGAGGCCGAGGGCCCCCGGGAGGUCUUCAUCCACCUCCAGGAGCUUUGCUACCAGUGGCUGAAGCCGGAGAGGCACACCAAGGAGCAGAUCCUGGAGCUGGUGGUCCUGGAGCAGUUCCUGGCCAUCCUGCCCCUGGAAAUGCGGAGCUGGGUCAAGGAAUGCGGGCCGGAGACCUGCGUCCAGGCGGUGGCCCUGGCGGAGGAUUUUUCGCUGCGGCUGCAGGAAGCCGAGGGGCUGCAAGAAAAGGUUUCGUGGCCUAUGGAAGAUGUGGAGGAGGAUCCAUCGGAGACGGUGAAUAUGCCGCUCUCAGCGGAGGCUGAGGAAGAGAGUGAUGGGGAGACCAGCUUUCUCGGCAAUGACCAAGCAUAUGAGAAUGGAGAGGAGACCUUCCCGUUUGAAAGGCAUCCGCAAGUGGGCAUCAGUGGAUCGUCCUUGGUGAGACUCAAUGGGGCAUUUCUCCAGGUUUGUGGGUUGGGAGAGAUGCCUCGAAGCGAACAGAGCCAAGAAAGCCACGGGGAGAGCCAAGCGGAGUUCCAGGUUUUUCUUCAUGGUGAAAGCAGCUUCCCCGAGGGAAGCCAUAAGGCGAAGAGGAAAAGGGCAGGCCCCAACUGGGGUACGGUCCUGCGUCGGAGCUUGGACUUCCCCCGGAACCAGAAGAGGCAAAAGCUCUAUACCUGCACCUACUGCGGGAAGAUCUCCAACAACAGCGCACACAUGAUCAUCCACGAGAGGACCCACACGGGCGAGAAGCCGUACAAGUGCUCGGAGUGCGGCAAGUGCUUCAGCACGAACUGCAACCUGAUGAAGCACAUGCGUGUCCACACGGGUGAGAAGCCGUACAAAUGCUCCGACUGCGGCCGGAGCUUCAGCGACAAAGCCUCGCUCAUCGUACACGAGAGGACCCACACGGGAGAGAAGCCCUACGAGUGCCCCAUGUGCGGGAAGAGCUUCACAUCCAGCUCCAACCUCAUCACCCACAAGCGGGUGCACACGGGCGAGAAGCCGUACAAAUGCUCCGAGUGCGGGCAGAGCUUCGUGCACAGGCCGCAGCUGGUCAUCCACAUCCGGACGCACACCGGGGAAAAGCCCUACGAAUGCUUGGAGUGCGGCAAAAGCUUCAACCAGAAAGCAGACCUUAUCAUUCACGGGAGAACCCACACCGGGGAGAAGCCGUAUGAAUGUGCUGAGUGCGGCAAAAGCUUCAUUUCGAGCUCUUACCUUCGGAAGCACGAGAGGCUGCACACGGGGAAGAAGACGCAAGCGGGGGAAGAAUCCCACAAGUGCAACUACUGUAGGAAGAGCUUCAUCAGCCGGUCCAAGCUUCUCAUCCACGAGAGGACGCACACGGGCGAGAAACCCUUCGAGUGCACCGAGUGUGGGAAAAGCUUCAGCACGAGCUCCAACCUUGUCAAUCACAAACGGGUGCACACGGGGGAGAAGCCGUAUCAGUGCUCGGAUUGCGGGCAGAAGUUUAGCACAAACUCUAACCUCGUCAAUCACAGGCGGGUGCACACAGGGGAGAAGCCGUACGAAUGCUCGGAUUGCGGGCAGAGCUUCGGUCACAAAGCAUCCCUUCGCAGACACAAGAGAAUCCACUCUAGAGAAGCAACCCCAAGAGUGGGGACAGAGAUGGAGGAGCAGGGAUCUGUGCAACCCGAGAGAUUGGAAUUUAGAGGGGGAAAUUCUCGUGCGGUCCAAGCUGGGAUGACCAGAGAGCUUCUGAUUGGGGCGGAUUUGCAUCGGAUUAAGCAGGAGCCCAAGGCCAGCCAUCCUCAGGCCUCCUUCAAGGGAGCCUCCGAUGCCGGCCAGUGGCCUGGAAAAGAGGCUGCGGCCUGGAUCCCCCCCAAACUCAGUGAGGACGACGAAGAGCCGAUUUCCUCUGUAAAAGUCAAGGAAGAGGUUCUGGGGGAUGAAGACGCCGCUGGCUUGGAAACGGAUCGGCAGCAGUUCCGGCAGUUCUGCUACGAAGAGGCCAAGGGCCCCCGGGAGGUCUUCGUCCACCUCCAGGAGCUUUGCCACCAGUGGCUGAAGCCGGAGAGGCGCACCAAGGAGCAGAUCCUGGAGCUGGUGGUCCUGGAGCAGUUCCUGGCCAUCCUGCCUGAGGAGAUGCGGAGCUGGGUCAAGGAAUGCGGGCCGGAGACCUGCGUCCAGGCGGUGGCCCUGGCGGAGGAUUUCUCGCUGCGGCUGCAGGAGGCCGAGGGGCUGCAAGAAAAGGUUUCAUGGCCUGUGGAAGAUGUGGUUGUUAACUCCCCGAAGUCAGAAAAGGAUCUGUCGGAGACAGUGAAUAUCCCGCUCCCAGUGAAGGCUGAGGGAGAGAGCAAUGGGGAAGGCAGCUUUCUCGGCAACGAUCAAGCAUAUGAGAAUGGAAAGGAGACCUUCCUGUUUGAAAGGCAUCCACAAACGGGCAUCAGUGGGCCAUCCUUGGCGAGACUCAGUGGGACAUUUCUCCAGGAUUAUGGGUUGGGAGAGAUGCUUCGAAGCGAGCAGAGCCAGGAAAGCCACGGAGAGAGCCAAGCGGAGAUCCAGGUUUUUCUUCACAGUGAAAGCUUAGAAGGCAGCAGCUUCCCCGAGGGAAACCACAAGGCGAAGAGGAAAAGGGCAGGAACCAAUUGGGGUACGGUUUUGGCACGGAGCUUGGGCUUCCCCCGGAACCAGAAGAGGCAAAAGCUCUAUACCUGCACCUACUGCGGGAAGAUCUGCAACUACAAAACAAACAUGAUCAUCCACGAGAGGACCCACACGGGCGAGAAGCCGUACAAGUGUUCAGAGUGCGGCAAGUGCUUCAGCACGAACGGCAACCUGGUCAUCCACCUCCAGACCCACACGGGAGAGAAGCCCUACGAGUGCCCCAUGUGCAGGAAGAGGUUCAUCUCCAGAACAAACCUCACCAACCAUAAGCGGAUGCACACGGGAGAGAAGCAUUUCAAAUGCUCCGAGUGCAGGCAGGGCUUUGUGCGCAGAUCGCAGCUGGUCACCCACCUCCGGACGCACACGGGGGAGAAGAAGCCCUACGAAUGCCUUCACUGUGACAAAAGCUUCAACCAGAAAGCACACCUUGUCAUUCACGGGAGAACCCACACCGGGGAGAAGCCGUACAAGUGUUCGGAGUGCGGCAAGUGCUUCAGAACGAACGGCCACCUGAUGGCGCACAUGCACAUCCACACGGGCGAGAAGCCGUACAAAUGCUCAGACUGCAGCCGGAGCUUCAGCAGAAAAGCCUCGCUCCUCCUACAUGAGAGGACCCACACGGGAGAGAAGCCCUACGAGUGCUCCAUGUGCAGGAAGAGGUUCAUCUCCAGAACCAACCUCACCAACCAUAAGCGGAUGCACACGGGAGAGAAGCCGUACAAAUGCUCCAAGUGUGGGCAGAGCUUCAUGCACAGUGUUCAGCUGGUCAUCCACCUCCGGACGCACACUGGGGAAAAGCCCUACGAAUGCUUGGAGUGCGGCAAAAGCUUCAACCAGAAAGCAGAGCUUGUCACCCACGGGAGAACCCACACCGGGGAGAAGCCGUACGAAUGCGCCAAGUGCGGGAAAAGCUUCAUUUCGAGCUCUGACCUUCGGAAGCACGAGAGGCUGCACACGGGGAAGAAGAUGCAAGUGCACAAGUGCUGCUACUGCAGAACGGGCUUCGUCAGCCGGGUCAAGCUUUACAGGCACGAGAGAACGCACACGGGGAAGAAGCCGUUUCAGUGCUUGGAUUGCGGGGCGGAGUUCAGCACGAACUUUAGCCUCGUCAGUCACAGGCGGGUGCACGUGGUGGAGAAGCCGUACGAAUGCUCGGAUUGCAGGCAGAGCUUCGCUCACAGAGCAUCCCUUCGCAGACAUGAGAGAUUCCACUCCAAAGAGGCAAACCCGUGAGCGCUUGGAUCGUGGGCAAAAUCGUAUCCGGGGAACGUGGAAAUCUGCCUGAUACCGAGUCAGACUAUUGGUCCGGUAUUGUCUGACUGGCAGAGGCUGUGCAGAGGUUUAGGCAGGAUUUCCCCCCAGCUCUACCUGGAAAUACAAUAGAUUGAACGUAGGAUCUUUUGCAUCUUGUACUUCUAACCUCUAAGCCACCAUCCUGUUUGUCACGGUGGCCCUCCAGGUGCCCCUGGGAAGCCAC